AUAAUAUUUUUUAUUUCUUCGUCCUUCCCUUUCUUUUACUAAAUCCGUUUUGCUUUUUGGUCGGGGUUUUUCAGGGACUCCCUAAUGGACAUCAUAGAACCGGUUAUUGAUAUUGUGAAGGAUGUUGGCCCUACGUUUAGGAGAUAUGUCAAGUAUCAAUUUUGCCUCAAGGAUUAUGUGCAUGAAUUUGAAAAAAUGCAAAAGAAUCUGGAGAGCCGACUAAAAGACAUUGAGGCAGAGAUUGGGACACAAUGUAACCUGCAGCCUAGAAAGGUAGCAAGGAAUGAAGUUAACACUUGGAGGGAGGAAGCACGCAAAGGAACUGCCUAUAAGGUUGAAGAUCUGAUAUGCGAAGGGGGCUGUUUCACAUAUAUUUGCUCAUCAAGAAGGCUUGAUAAAAUGACUCAAGCACUAAAUGAAGGAAUAUUUAAGCAAGGAGAAAAAUAUAUUAUUGAUGGUGUGAGUUUGGUCGUAGAUGAUCACUCAAUCAGAGGAGUUCCCCUGCCUGUUGAAAAGUGCAAUGGCAGGGAUGAUAUGCAGAAACAAAUUCUAGAAUGGUUGAAAGGAGACCAGGUUACAAGAAUUGCAGUUUGGGGAAUGGGUGGUGUGGGCAAGACAACAAUUAUGAAGCAAGUCCACAACCAACUGUUGAAAGAAUCCAAAUUUAGAGUUAUUUGGGUAAAAGUGUCAAAAGACUUUGACAUUAUUGUCCAGCAAAAAAAGGAGUUUGAUGUUCUCAAGUUUCAGAAAAGGAUUGCAAGUAGCUUGGAGUUAAAACUGGAGCCAGAGGAUCAUGAGAAUGACACAAAGCUUGCAGGAUUGAUUUCACAAAAGUUGCAGCAGGGCAGCUAUGUGUUAAUUCUAGAUGAUGUGUGGCAGCAAUUUCGUCUAGAAGAUGUUGGAAUUCCUUAUCUAGAUGGCAAUAAUGGUUGCAAGUUAGUGCUUACAACACGGUUACAAGAUGUUGCUCGUGCAAUGGAUUGUAAGGUGAUCCCUGUGAAUCCUCUUCCACCUGAUGCAGCAUUGGCAUUAUUCUUAGAGAAAGUUGGAAGUGUAGUGUUGUUAAAUGGCAGAAUUAAAAGAGAUAUAGAACCAUUUUUGAGGCAAAUUUUGCAAAAAUGUGACGGAGUACCCCUUGCUAUUGUGCUAGUGGCAAAAGCUAUGAGAGAAAAAUUGGAUCCUCGUUCAUGGAAGUGGGCACUUUCUAAAUUGAGUAAAUUAGAAGGAAUUGUUGAUCGUUUGAAAUUUAGUUAUGAAUGUCUAGAACCACAAUGCCGAGAUUGUUUCCUAUUCUGUGCAUUGUAUCCUGAAGAUUAUGAAAUCCCAAAGGAGGAGUUAAUUGAGUAUUGGAUUGAGGAGGGGUUUAUAGAUAGAGAAGGGGAAACUAGGGACACAAUGAAUUGUGAGGGUCAUGUUAUACUUGAGAAGCUAGUUGAUAACUGCAUGUUGGAAUCAGUUAAAAAUAGAAUGGGAGAAGAUUGUGUGAGUAUGCAUGAUCUUCUUCGAGAAAUGGUGAUGGAAAUUCGUCCUCAAUUCUUGGUGAAAGCUGGCAUGGGUUUGGAAAAGCUACCAGAGGAGUAUGAAUGGAGAGAAGAUCUUUUGAAGGUUUCUUUAAUGAGGAAUUACAUAGCAGAAAUUCCUUCAAGCAUGUUUUCUCCGAAGUGUCCAAUGCUCACAACAUUGCUGUUGUCCAAUAACAAGAUUUCAACAAUUCCAGAAGCUUUUUUUGAGCAUAUGCUUGGGCUCAAGAUUCUUGAUCUUUCCAAUAAUCUCAAGCUCGGUAGCCUGCCGAGUUCUAUUUCCAAAUUGGAGAAGCUUACUACACUAUUGCUGGGGGGUUGUCGGUCCUUAAGGCAGGUACCAUCUUUGUCCAAUCUUGGAGGCUUAAAAAAGUUGGAGCUUUGGGGGACAUUAAUUAGAGAACUGCCCGAAGGCCUCAACAUGUUAACCAAUCUGAAAUAUCUUAAUCUUGGUGAAGGAUUUUAUAAUAUACCUGAUGGACUGCUACAAAAUCUCUCCAAACUUCAGCAUUUAGAUGUACAUGGCUUAAUACCAUUGAAAGGGGAGGAGAUUGGAAGAUUGGGGAAGCUGGAAUUUCUCUAUUGCUACACCAACAUUUUAAGUGAUUUGAAAUUGAAAUCCAUUGUCUGCUAUGAUAUUAAUAUCUGUGGAGAGCCUAAUUGGCUACCAUUUGAUGUGCAAAGAUUGUUCAUCCAUUGUUGCAAGGAUGUGAGAAGGCUGAAUGACAUUUCUGGCUUUCAAGAUGCAACUGACUUGCGGUUUGUUGAUAUUCAAGAUUGUGAUGAUGUGGAGUUUGUUCUUCCCUUGUCUUGGCUUUCAAGAUGCAACCUUGAGGGGCUACGUCUUUCUUGUUUGGAUAACUUGAAUGCAGUGUUUGGUGAAGCAGGAGCAGUUGUUGAGAUAGAACCAUUACCGGCCGUAACAUUUUCCUCUCUUAAACAAAUUAAUGUUUCUGGAUGUGAUAAAAUAAAGAAGUUAUUCCCGGUUAGGUGGUUGGGAUAUCUCCAGAAUCUUCAGAUGAUUGAGGUUAUAUGGUGUAAGCAAAUACAAGAGAUAAUAUGGUUCGAAUAUAAAGAAGAAAAGGCCUUAGAAAAAGUCACUUUACCGAAGUUAGAAAGCAUUGAGAUUGAAAAUUUGCCCGAGUUGAAGAGCAUCUACAGUGGUUCCAAUACUGUUUUGAUUUGUGAUUCCAUUAAAAGCAUUAGAAUCGAGAAUUGCCCAAAAAUAGAGAGUGUUUUUGGCUCAGGGUUCAAUCCAAUCCCAACCCUUGAGUAUCUAACUCUUCAAGGGUUAGCAAAUUUGAAAUCUGUGUUUGAUGAAGAAGCUCCACCUCUACCUCAUACAACCUUUUUCUCUCUUAAAACAAUAAGGGUUUUUAGGUGUGAUCAAUUGAAGAAGGUAUUCUCAUUUGAACGGCUGCUAGGCAACUUCCAAUUUCUACUUAAUAUUGAGGUUGGAUAUUGCAAGCAAAUGGAGGAGCUGAUAUCACUAUUGGCACACAAAGAAGAAGAAAAAGUCACUCUACCUAUAGAAAGGUUGCAGUUGAUGAGCUUACCUGCAUUGAAGAGCAUCUGCAAUCACUCUAGUGUGUUGAUUUGUGAUUCCAUCCAGAGUCUGAGGAUUUUCGCUUGUGAGAAGCUAAAGAGGAUUCCUCUGAAUUUUCCCUUGCUUGACAAUGCCCAAUCAUCUCAUUCUUCUUCCCUCAAAGAAAUUGUGGUAUUCCCAGAAGAAUGGUGGAAAUCAUUGGAAUGGGACCAUCCCAAUGCAAAGGACAUCCUUUUACCCUUCUGUAAAUUUGAAGAUGACCGUUUUUGGUGACAGAGCACUGCAAAUUAAAAUUGGAAUUCAACUCUGUUACCACAAGAAAGUUGGAGGAAGUCACAUUUGCACCUGUUGCUGUUUCUGUUUAAUAUAAAUUUCCUAUUCUUUGUUUUUCUUUUGCUAUGUUUGUAUUGUGUGUUUCAAUAUGUCAAAUUUUAAGUGGAAAACUUGAAAUGUUUGUUUCUUUAUUAUUUGUGUAAUUUGUCUUUGAAACUGUGUGCAAAAAAGACUUAAAAUUAGU